AUGUUGGACGUUAUUCACCAUGAUGAUGCAGAGGUGUUGGGGGACUUUGCAGAGGCCCCCAGGGGCAAGAAGGGCGAGCUAUUUCUGCGCUUUUGUCUUUCUGGGAAGCUACGCGGCGCGGCGCAGCUGUCCACUGGUGAUCCGGUUACCUUGCACUGCGAUUCCAAAUAUGUGAUCGGCAUCCUCACCGGGAAGUUUCAGCCUAAAGAGAACGUAGGCCUGGCACUCUUGGCUGGACACCUCUGGGCACGGGCGAGGAGCAGACGGGACAUCCAGGUCGUUUGGGUCAAAGGUCACAGUGGCGAUUAUGGCAACGAUUGCGCCGAUGAUGCAGCGAGGCGCGGAGGAGACAGGGACAUGCACGCGGAGCACUGGACCCGGCCGUUCUACUUGUCUGACUGGGGCGAGUCCGCCUUCUACGACGCUGUUGCUGAGAGGGCCGACGACUCCGCAGCAUGGGGGCACUUGCCGGACAUAUCUGGAUUUACGGCGUCUGUCGUCAACGUCGCGCUCCAGUGCGGCAGCAGACCGAAGAGGAAUAGAGUGCAGCUCCCAGCAAACGACCCUGAUAUCAUGCUUGUGAAGACUUUGGUGGCGGAGCGCCGCGACGUGCGCGAUCCAACACAUCGACGAAAGCUCUCGCUGGCUAUUUGCCGUGUGCGGCGCAGAAUCCGCAAGAGGCAACGAGCCUUGGAGUGCGAGCAGGCUGCCAGCGGCAGGGGCAGCACCGCCGUGCGCGGAAACCGACGAGGUGCCGGCAUCCAGUAUCUCUGCCAGGACGCUCCCGAAGGGCAAGGGGAGAAGAUCAACUCUGUGUCCGGCAUGGCUUCGAUGCUCACGACCUUCUUCCGUGACCUUUUCCAUGACGAGGCCGAGCAGCAGGCGCCGCAGUGGGCGCUUUUGCAGUGGCGGCCCGAGGACUUGACCGCGCUCCCUCAGCUGAACGGCGCACUCGUGCGACAAGCAGUGCAACAAUUGGGGAAGAAGAAAACCUGCGCAGAUGAUUUGCUUGUGGCGGAAAUGUUGGAAGAGCUGGACGACGACGCCAUGGCGAUGUUGGCGCAACUUUUCAAGGCCAGGAUCUUGAACGUGGGCCCGUGCGCCGACGACGGGGCAUGGGACGUCCACGUGGUCAAACUUCUCCAGAAAAAGGCCUUCAAACAUAGAGUCCGUGACUUUCGCCCGAUCGCCAUUUUGCCGGUGCUCUACAAGGUAUAUUCCAAAGUGCUCUUGAUCAUGGCCGGGGAUGGCGUGGACAAGCUCAUGGCACCGCAAUUCGCCUUCAGGCGGCAUCAUCAGGCGCACGAGGUGGUUUACAUACUCCGCAGCUUGGUUGAAAAGUCUCUGGAGUGGGAUCUCCCUUUGUUCGUGCUGGACGGGGACCUGCUGAAGGCGUACGAUUACACGAAGCACUCGACUUUGCUAGCCGGCCUGGACGCUAAGGGCGCGCCGCGGAUCUUAUCAGCAGCUUGGUUGCGAGAGAUUCGCAGAUCUGGUUCCAUCUUCGCUCUGAGCGAGGACAUCGUCUCCGACUGCGUGCGGCGAUCUAGGUCACUCCUGCAGGGCGAUCCCGCAGCCCCAGUCUUGUUCAACGUGGCGCUUGACAUCCCGGCGGCCAAGUUUUGCGCACUGGCCGAGCGCAUGGACUGGGGGUUCCAGCUGGACGGAGGGCGCCGGGUAAGCUUGUUAUUAUUCGCUGACAAUUUUUGGGUUGUGGCGUCAAGCGCAGCGCAACUUUCAGCGAUGACAACAGCCUGGCUGGGCAUUAUUUCGGAAGCUGGGUGGUCGGUUCCCCUCGAUGAAGUCACGUGGUGCUCUACUGCGAGCGACGAAGCACCAUGGAGCGUCGAGGUUGGUGACAGGAAGCUGACCAGGGCUAAACGGGGCGAGGGCUUCAAAGUGCUCGGCACGGUGCUCACAUUCGACAACAAUGCGGAGGUCGAAUUACAAAACCGAUUUGCCAGAUCAUGGAGGGCCUUUUACAAAUAUCAGCACCUUCUCUGUUGCCGGAAGGCGCCGCUUUCCGAGAGGCUCAAGUUGCUGCAGUCGCUUGUCUCCACGUCUCUCUUCUGGUGUUGUGGCAGUUGGAACUUGACGGCCCAGCAACGGUCCGAGAUCCGAGGUGUGCAACAAGCCAUGUUGAGAAGAAUGAUGCCGUUGAGACGGUGGCCCUCCGAAACACUGAGCAACUUCAUGCACCGAUUGGGCCUCAGAGUGCAGACCGUGAAGAAGACGAAUGGCUUCCAGAAUUGGGACUCCAUUUAUCUACAACGCAUGUUUUCGUGGGCUGGGCAUGUGGCUCGGCUUCGGGACUACGACCCGGACCGUAUUACGUUCCUUGUGCUGCAAUACAGGAAUUUCAAGUGGAUCCGGGACAGAGCGCGCCGCAACGGGGGCAACCAGAUGCACGGGCGAAAGGUCCGCGUCUGGCGCUGGGAGCACAGCGUGGACAGCUUCUUCAAGGGAUCAGAGUGGCAGCCGGCGCCUCGGCUCGUCGUGGCGGCCGCCCGAGCGCACCCCGCUGACAUGGACCGAAGCUGUGGCCGCUGGCGUGUGCGCUGGCGCCGGCCGCCCCCGCGCACGGAGCCUCCGUCGCCAGCCUCGUGGCCGAGGUCCGGCGCAGCGGGGCCUUCCAGCGCGAGGUGGAGGCGGCGCUGCCGGUCUUCUGCAAGGGGACCGACCGCCAGCCUGCCGGCCUGCCGCGGGUUCGUCGGCGAGGCGAUCCUGUGCCUGGAGUUCGCCAAAAAGCGCGAGGCGUUCCUGAGGCUCGAGGGCGCCCAGAGGGAGUGGGAGCACUGCCGGGUGGUCGACAGCAGCCUGCCCAACCUCGGCCUCCUCGAGGAGAGAUCAUCGCCACGCCCGGCGCCCACAGGAGGCAGACUGCCCUCCUGCAGCAGACCUCUCGCACCCACACCUGGGCCAGAUCGUUCGCCUCCAGCACGGAUGCUCGCGGUGCUCGGAGACGGCUGCGGCAGUCGCCCGAGGACGACCUCGCCCAGGAGGGGGAUGACGCACGAUCUGGAGAUGAACUUCAACAAGAUCGCGCCGUUCGGUAAGGAGGACACCGCCAAGGAGCUCCAGGACCAUGCGGCGAAGACCCAGGACACACUCGUUGACGCCGUUGAGAAUGCAGAGGUCGCGGAGAUCAAGCGCGCCGUGUUCCGCGCGCUCACACGUCUGCGCGCGGCCACGAUCAAGGACACAGAGUUCGACACGAUUGCUCGCUUGGAGACUCAGGCGAUCGACGCUUACAACGACGCGCACCACUACCGCGCGGACUCGAGAACCCCCUCGCGCACCUGCACGAGGACGAGGCGCCCGUCGAGACGGACAAGCUGA